AAAAGGAUCCCUGAGAAAGUCGUUGGCUUUUUUCUGACGCCGAUCGGAGAUCCAUUUCGCCGCGCCGCACUUCCUUUUCCGACGGCUGUUGCCGGUCGCCGGAGAAUUUAUCUUCUUUCUCAUCGUCGAUUGAUCGUCUGGACUUGGUGAAACAAAUCUAAGUUCGAAUUCUUAAAAUAUCUGAUUCUGAAUCAAGGACAAAGUAAAAGGAACAAUUGUGUCAUUAAUUUUUGGAAGUGAUAUGCUAUAAAAGCAAUAAUCAGUAAGGAAUUUUUUAAUACCAGAGAGUGAGAGGAGGAGGAGGAUGGGAUCUUUCAAAGGUCAUAUUCUUCCUGGAACAUUAUUUCUUUUGGUUGGAUUGUGGCACACUUGGAGCUCUCUGGUCCGGUAUGUGACGAAUCCAAAAUCAUUUCGAGUAAGGAUUUGGAAUCCUCUUAAGGGUUUCAAUGGGAGAAUAAAGUAUUUGGAGCUAUAUGUGGUAGCUAUUGGAUCAUUUAUUGAUAUGUGUAUAGAGUUGUUAUAUUCGCCUCACCUCAAGAUCUUUGUUAAGGGUGUACUAAAUCCUGCUCAUAUGAAUGAUUUUGAGCAUUCUGCCAUGCUUCUCAUGUUCUUCAUCUUUGGCACAGUAUCGCUUCUUUCAGAGACAACCAGUUUAUUUGUACUGCCGGAGGGAGCUUUAUGCUUGAUUGGGGCAGCUGCAUUUUCAGCCGAAUAUCUUCUAUUCUAUUUCCACUCUACAACUCAUAAAGGUUUAGAAGGAUACUAUCACCUUCUCCUAGUCUUCCUUAUAGCUCUCUGCAUAUUAUCCACAGUGGCAGGUGCCCUAUUCCCCACUAGUUUUCCAGUUGAUUUAUGCAAUGGUAUUGCUAUAACACUUCAAGGAUUAUGGUUCUAUCAGACAGCAUUCACCCUUUAUGGACCCAUGAUGCCAACUGGCUGUCGGUUAAGUGAAACUGGAAUCUUAUGCCGUUCAGUUGACUCUGAAGUCAGAGGGGAAUUGCUUGCUAACUUCCAGAUGUUCUCUAUGGUUUCUGGUGUUCUUGUUGUAGUUGCUAUCGUGUAUGGCUUUAUAUCUUCGAGAUCUGGAAGUUCUGACUUGUAUGAGGUUGAAAUGGAUUGAGAAUCAGGUUUUGAUCAGAUGAAAAUUUAGAAGUUAUGGGAUUGCGACUUUUGGAUGGUGCUCACCGAAUCCUGACAAACACAUGUUGUUAGGUGAGAUGCUUCCUUGCCUUAUGAUCAUAUGCUUAAGAUUUCCUUUACUAUGCAAAUUCCUGAAAAAGCAAAUUGCUUUUAUCUAAUCUUUCUCUCUUUUCCUAUUUUCUUUUAUUAGCAGAAAGAAACAUUGGUUAUAGAGAGUUAAAUAUCUUUAUCCCUUUUCGAGAUGUAACAUUUAAAAACCAGCAACAAAGUUGAACUAACUAAAAGUUUGAUGAUUCUUAAACUGGUAGAACAUAAGAUGAAAUGUUGUAUUCUUUAUACAUCCCAUGUACUGUUUUU